AUGUCCCCGAUAUCGAGCAUGAACCACUGGUGGUGGCACUUCCUCGAGAAUCAUGUCUACCGCAUCCCUCCGCCGCAGAAGCGCACGCGCACGAAGCCGAUGCAGGUGCUCUGCGUCGGCCCGCCGCGCAGCGCGACCGAGUCCCUGCAGCAGGCGCUGCUGGCGCUCGGGUACGACCACACGUACCACGGGUGGGACAUAGUCUACGACGACCCACCGAUCCCGGCGACGGGGUGGGUGAGGCUCGCGCGGAAGAAGUGGUACGGCGGGAAUGGCGGCGGCGAUAAGGCAGACAAAGGCGAAAGGGAGACGGGCGACUGCAGCAUCUCGGCGGCCGAGUUCGACGAGCUGCUGGGCCACUGCGUGGCGGUGACGGACGCGGCGGCGAGCUGCUUCGCGGCGGAGAUGAUCCGGGCGUACCCGGAGGCCAAGGUGGUGCUCAACGUGCGGCGGGACCUGGACGCGUGGCACCGAAGCGCGGUCAAGACGCUGGUGCACGUCAACGAGAGCUGGAGCUUCUGGGUGGCGAGCCUGCUGGACCGGGAGGCGUUCUGGGCGUGGCACGUCUACCAUCGCUUCCUCUGGGCGCUCUUCUUCCGCGCGCCGGACGGUGACAUGGCGAGGGCGAUCAAGAGGAACGGGAAGUGGAUCUACCGGGAACACUGCGACAUGAUCCGGGGUAUGGUGCCCCCCGACCAGCUGCUCGAGUGGUCGGCGGACGAGGGGUGGGAGCCGCUGUGCAAGUUCCUGGGGAAGGAGGUGCCGGAUGCGCCGUUCCCGCAUGCCAACGCCAUCGGGCCGGGAGGCGGGUGGAAGGCAAGGGAGGAGAUGGCGACGAAGCGGUGGGUGGAGGGGGCGCUGACGAACCUGAUCCUAAUGGGCUUCGCCUUCGUCGCCGGGUGCGUCCUGUGGAUGCGGUGGGGGAGGUGA